AUGAGUUUCGAUGAACCUGACCUUACAAGAAUUUUAGGUGGGAUUUAUGUUGGUAGUUUACAACCAAUUAUUGACCAUGUGCCUUUAAAAGCACAAUUUAAUAUUUCUAGUAUUUUAUCGAUAAUAAAGUUUAAUGUCAUUCCAGAAUACUUAGUUAGAAAGUCAUAUACUUUGAAAAAUAUUCCUAUUGAUGAUACAGAGAAGGAAGAUGUAUUACAAUAUUUCAAUGAAACAAACAGAUUCAUCGAUAAUUGUUUGUUUCCUGAAAUGGAAGAAUAUGAUCCAAGAAAAGUGGAUUUUAAAAAAAUUCCACAGAAGGGUGCCAUUUUCAUCCACUGUCAAGCAGGUGUUUCAAGAUCUCCAACAUUUGUCAUUGCUUAUCUAAUGUAUCGUUAUGGUUUAACUUUAAAAGUAGCUUUACAUGCUUUAAAAAGAAAAAGACCACAAGCACAACCAAAUGAUAAUUUUAUAGAACAGUUAGAGCUUUUUGAAAAAAUGGGUGGACAAUAUGUAGAUCCUGAGAAUAAGGAAUAUAAACAAUGGAAAUUGACUAAAUCCGUAAUUGAUGAUCCAACCGGAUCAGACAUUUUGCAUAAAAAUUCAACAUAUAGUAAUGAUAUUGACAUUGAAACUAAGAAAUUAUCAACGAUGUCUGAUGAAGAAUUAGAUAAAAUUUCUGUAGUAAGGUGUAAAAAAUGUAGACAAAAAUUGGCGUUAUCAACAAGUUUUAUUAAUCAUGAACCACCAAGCAAAGAAUCGUCGGAGGGUCAUUUUAUUAGAAGAGCUACAUAUGGAAGGAGAAUUAUUAAUAUUCAAGAAUCACAAGAUCAAUGUUCACACUUCUUUGUCGAACCAUUGAACUGGAUGAAAGAGGAAUUGCAAGGUAAACAAGAAUUGGAAGGUAAGUUCUUUUGUCCUGGCUGUAAGACAAAAAUUGGUGGUUACAAUUGGAAAGGUUCAAGAUGCUCUUGUGGGAAAUGGGUUAUUCCUGCAAUUCACCUUUUAACAAAUAAAGUAGAUCAAUUUCCAGUAAAAUCUAUCUAUUUACCUAAUGUAGUUGAUUUUCAAUCUUCAUAA